AAUGAAUCUUCAAGUAAUGAAACACUUGAAUUUGAAUUAGGUGGACGUAUUACUCAUCCAGCAGAUGAUCCGUUGGCAAAAUGGAAUUUAUUGAAUUUAUUCAAUGAUUCUUUAGAAGCACCCAUUUCAUUCGCAUUUUAA